UUGGGCAAAGCGUUGAAUUCGCGAACGCGCAACGGAAGAAGCUAAUCCAAACAUGGCAGCCUGUGUCCUACGACGAGGGCUGCUAUCUACGUUUAGUAAAAUAAAUAAAAAACACUCGUAUCGAGUAUUAUACGUCGACUUCAACAGUAAACACGACCUGCAAAGACGUAGGUUAUUGUGCUCAACAUGCAACGUUUUCGACAUACAGCAAAAACGGUUCAUGUCAUCACGGCCCGAAGGAAAGGUGCUGGAGACGGUGGGAGUAUUUGAGGCACCAAAGCAACACGGAAAAUACGAAACUGGACAGCUGUUUCUGCACAGCGUGUUUGGCUACAGGGGGAUAGUGCUCUUUCCCUGGCAUGCCCGCCUGUAUGACCGCGAUGUCUCACCACAGGCCGCUGAAAGUAAGUCUGAGCCCCCUGGAGCUCAUGGGGCUAAAGAAGUGAAGGGGAAAACCCACACAUACUACCAAGUGUUGAUAGACACUAGAGACUGUCCUCAUAUAUCUCAGAGAUCACAGACGGAGGCAGUUACGUUUCUUGCCAAUCAUGAUGAUAGCCGGGCACUUUAUGCUAUUCCAGGUCUAGAUUAUGUCAGUCAUGAAGAUAUUCUUCCUUAUAACUCAACCGAUCAGGUCCCCAUUCAACAUGAGCUGUUUGAGCGAUUCCUCAUGUUCAACUCCUCUAAAGUGCCCCCCUUCGUUCCCAGAGACACGUUGAAGGCGUGGCAGGAGAAGAACCACCCCUGGCUGGAGCUGUCUGACGUGCACCGCGAGACCACGGAGAACAUCCGUGUCACCGUCAUCCCUUUCUACAUGGGCAUGAGGGAAGCACAGACAUCUCAUGUUUACUGGUGGCGUUACUGCAUCCGCCUGGAGAACCUGGGCAGCGAGGUGGUGCAGCUCAGAGAACGCCACUGGAGGAUCUUCAGCCUGUCGGGCACCCUGGAGACCGUCAGAGGGAGAGGGGUCGUAGGGAGAGAGCCUGUGUUAUCCAAAGAGCAGCCAGCCUUUCAGUACAGCAGUCAUGUAUCUCUUCAGGCACCCAGUGGACAUAUGUGGGGCUCCUACCGGCUUGAGAGGCCCAAUGGCACCUUCUUCGACGUGCGCAUCCCACCCUUCUCGCUCGAAAGCAAGAAAGACGAUACUCCCAACGGCUUCCUGCCUGGGCCCUUCACCUCACUGGCCUAGGGGCCGACCUGAGCAGCCCUGUACCUCCACCCCCCCACCCCCAGUCACCAGAUCCAACUCCCCAUACACCCUCCAGCCACUCCUCAGUCUUCCCUCAGUCCUGGUCUUAUUUUGAACUCCCUGUGUUCCUACUGCCAUACCUGCUCUUUAAAAACCAAUCUGACCUAUUGGGCUUCCGAAGGUUUAUAAGCUAGAUUCUGAGCCAUAAAGAUACGUGUAGUUUGAGACGGGCGAGGUUGAAGAUGCACUUACGAAGUCAUGUUUGAGACAUGCAUGUCUCAGUUGAUAGGAAAGCUAUUUAAGAAAUAAAACUGUUGUAAACAUACUUGAGCACCUAUCCACAGUAUUAUAUGAUUAUGUAUAUUAGGCAGUUCAUAAUAUGUAUCAUCAUAAUACAUCAUGUGGUGGAGUCUUUCAUGUAUUUUGGUGUAACAGGAUUUCUGUUCAUGCAGUCAAAGAAUUUCUCUAUAAUUAUUCGAUGUAAUUACAAAGUAAUCUAGAAAUCAUUUUCACUCCUAGUUGGUCAUCUGCUCUCUCUUUAGUUCACCAACUAGGACUUUUUACCAGUUGCUUAUGAAUUUAACCUUUCACUGAGAUGAUGUGGAAGCUAACCAAAAUGAUUCAUAAUGGAGACUGUAAUCAGACAUCAUGACUGUGAUGUCCUCUACCUUUUCACCCCAUAUUGAGCCACAGGACACAGCCUCUCAUCCACACAUAUCCAUAUCUGAAUGUAAGGGACUUUGUGUUGCAAGUGUGUUUGAUUUUUACUGUGAAGUGUAUGUGUGGAUGGCGAAGCUCCUUCAGGAAGAGACUACCUGGUGAUCCGAUGGACAUUGCAUAGGAAAAGUGCUGGUUGGAGGCCAUUUUGUUGGAAUAAGCACAGACGAAGCUGUGCAAAUAUCUGGUGCCAUUGUCAGAAUCCGAUGCAUUUCAGUGCAGGUUUAUAAUAUCUUUGUUGGAGAUGUUUUAAGUUAUAAGAUGAUUCCCCCUCUUAAAGCCUUUGAUCCUGGUCUUGGGAAGUGUUGCCACAUAGAGUUGAAGCUGCUACAAGAAUUACUCCAGAUGAGGAUUUUCAUGAAGACGCUAGGCAAAGAUGUAAAUGUACUGAAUCCAGCUUGAACACUUUCUGGACGUGAAAGCUAAACAGAUGCUGCUCACCUGUACUGUUUUUGCUCACUGGGAUAUCACACAAUCAGUUGUUUAAUAGUUUUAACAUCCCUGUCAUCUUUGCUUUCUGUAGCACUUUUGUCAGCCUAUUGAGGAAAUAUGCCACCGGAUGACCUCUCCUCAAGGUCCUCCGUGUACAUUUUGUAAUUUAAGUGUGUUAUGAUAUUUAUGGUAAAAUAUAAAUAAUAUGAGUGAUCUAGGAAGAGUGACAACCCCUAACGAUGUGUUGCUGCUGCCGUGGAUUGGGGCUUAAACUUAUCCUUGAUUUUGAUUUUAUUUCUUUGAUUUUUUUUUUUCUUUUUGUUUGUUUGAUUAUUGUAUGAGAUAGGGAAAUUCAAGUGAUGCUGAAUGUGUCUGGCAGCAAUCUCUGUAAGGCUCUUAAACUUUGAGAAUAAUGAAAUAAAUUGAAUAGACGUUCAUGUA